CUCCAUUCAUUCAUUCAUUCAUUCCAUAUUUUUUUGUGCACAUAAAUAUGCAUGGGACUAAGCCAUCUUGUUCCUUAGCUCUCAAAACCCGACCAACGCCUUAACAUGAGUCCACAAAGUCAGAGAUAUUAUUAAUACAAAAACCACUGCGACCACAUUAGUUUCUCAAGUGAAAGUGAGAAGAUAAUGGCUUCAAAGGAAAAUAAGGCUAAGAAAAAUCCUCAUUCCAGCCCAAAGAAACAACCAGGAGGAUGGAAGGCCAUGCCCUAUAUUUUAGCGAAUGAAACAUUUCAGAGAUUGGCAAUUUUUGGGUUGGUUGCUAACUUUAUGGUGUAUUUAACAAGAGAGCUUCACUUGGAGCAAGUAUAUGCUGCUACCAUUGUGAACGCAUGGUUUGGGUUUUCAAACUUUGGCCCCCUACUGGGUGCCUUCAUUUCUGACGCUUAUGUCGGUCGCUUCAGGACUAUAGCUUUUGGUUCAGUCGUUUGUCUUCUGGGGAUGAUGGUGGUGACUUUAACAUCCUGGAUGACGCCUCCACCUUGUACUCCUGAGCAACUAACACUGGGACAGUGUGUCAGAGCAAGCAAUUCUCAAAUGGCUGUGCUGUUUACAGGGCUUGGCAUUCUAAGCAUUGGUUCAGCUGGAGUGGCCCCUUGCAGCAUUCCCUUUGGUGUUGACCAAUUUGACCCAACCACAGAUGAAGGGAAGAAAGGGAUUAACAGCUUCUUCAAUUGGUACUACGCCACAUUCACCUUGGUAUUAAUUCUCACUCAGACAGCCGUGAUCUAUAUACAAGACUCCGUGAGCUGGAAGUUAGGGUUUGGGAUCCCAACUCUGUGCAUGUUCUUGUCAAUAAUCUUCUUCUUUGUUGGAACGAGGGUCUACGUGUAUGUGAAGGCUGAAGGAAGUGUUUUUUCUGGUGUGGCCCAAGUUUUUGUGGCUGCAUACAAAAAGAGAAAAGUCAAGUAUCCAAGUCAGGAAGAGAUUAAUGAUGGAGUUUUCUUUGAUUCCCCAUUUUGUGGGACUGCUGUUUCGUCAAAACUCCCUAUGACCAAACAAUACAGGGUGUUGAACAAAGCUGCUAUAGUAAUGGAGGGUGAGCUAAAUCCAGAUGGAAGUAGAGUAAACAAAUGGGAACUUGUGAGCAUCCAGCAAGUUGAAGAAAUCAAAUGCAUAGCUAGGAUCAUCCCAGUAUGGGCUGCAGGUAUCCUCAGUCUCACUUCCAUGUCCCAACAAGGAACAUUCACCGUCUCACAAGCCUUGAAAAUGGAAAGACACCUUGGACCCAAUUUCCAAAUCCCAGCUGGUUCACUCGGAGUCAUAUCACUACUCACCAUUGCUUUAUGGAUCCCACUCUAUGACCGGUUCCUAGUACCAGCACUGAGAAAAAAAACCAAGCAUGAAGGUGGCAUCAGUCUCCUCCUAAGAAUGGGAAUUGGCAUGGUGUUCUCUGUUCUAUCAAUGGUUGUGGCUGGCUCGGUUGAAAAAGUAAGAAGGGAUUCAGCAGUUUCAAAUUCAAAUGCUCCAAUCUCAGUUUUCUGGCUUGCUCCUCAGUUGAUCCUUAUGGGUUUCUUUGAGGCCUUCAAUAUAAUUGCCCAAAUUGAGUUUUUUAACCGGCAAUUUCCCGAGCACAUGAGAAGCAUUGGUAAUUCCUUGGUAUCAUUAUCUUUUGGUGUGUCGAGCUACGUGAGCAGCAUUAUAAUCAACACAGUUCAUCAUACUACUGGAACACAUGACCACCAAGAUUGGUUGACGAAUGAUAUAAACGCUGGCAGAGUAGACUACUUUUAUUACCUCAUAGCCGGGAUAACCACCCUUAACUUGAUUUAUUUUAUAUAUGUCGCAAGAGGAUAUCAAUACAAGGGGAGUGUGCAGGUUGACCUCCAUGACCAUGAUGAUGUGGAGUUAGGAUCACUCAAAGGCUAGCUAGCAAGUAGCAAUAUCUUACUAUACUAGAUUAUAUCCCGUGCGAUGCAAUGCACGAAGAAGCGACUCUACUAUUUGUUAAAAUUAAUUAAUCAAUUUACAUAUUAUACUUUUUA